AUCGAUCAACGUAAAGAUGGACGAUCGCUGUUAUCAAUUGCAGCCCUAGCCUCGGUACUCUAGGGCUGAUCGUAUUUGAAGCGACGCUUGUUAGCAUAGUUACCUUGAUAGCAACCCGACCAACGACGUUAUGGUCAACAGAUUAGCAGCCUUGAACUUACCUGUGACUAACAAGCACAUUACCAUGUCGGGUACAGCAGCAUGUGGUAGACUAUGGCGACAGGCGCGGCGCUUAGCGCACGAGCGGAUGCUAGUAUUUGGGCCUGCGCUUCAGACAGGUCAUGCAGUGGUCUUCAACGCAUCGGCGGACAGGUCCCGCUUGGCAACCUCCUCCCUGCACUGCUACAGCAGCUCCGCCAACGGUAACAACAGCUCCUCAGUCAGCAGCAGCAGCUGCUGCGCUCAGCCCAGCAUCAGCGCAGCGGCCGCUAGCGCCGUGUCCGCGUUGCGGGAGGAGUGCGGCUCGCAAAAGACUAUCACCAGCACCAGCAGCCAGGAGGGAAGCAGCUCCUCCCCCUCCUCCACAGCCUCCUCUUCAGCUGCUGCUGCUGCAGGGAAUCGCGAGCCGCAGCGGCACACCUCAGCCACCAAGGGCUACGGCAGCCACCCUCCCCCCCGCCGCGGCAGUGUGCCCCUGUGGACGGAUGCGCCGCUGCCCCCGCAGCCCCGCCUGCCGCUGCAGAGGCGCAUCUUCUGCAACCGGGCACUCAACAUGAAGCAAAUCAAGGCAAUCGGGUACGACAUGGACUACACGCUGGCGCAGUACCGGCCCGACACCUUCGAGGGGCUGGCACACAAGGAGACGGUGAACAAGCUGAUCGAGGUGUUCCGCUACCCCGAGCAGCUGCGGCAGCUGGACUUCCAGUGGGACUUCAUGACAAAGGGACUCAUCAUCGACAAGGAGCGGGGUAACAUCCUCAAAGUGGAUCGCCACAAUUACGUCAAGGUGGCCUAUCAUGGCUUCCAGGAGCUGCCUGCGGAUGUGCGCAAGUCCGUGUACAACGGGCACCACACCUGCGGCUCCGCGGGUGCGGGUGUGUUCGAUGAGGGCGCCAGCGGGUACGCCAUGGUGGACACGCUGUUCAGUCUGGCGGAGGCGUACCUGUACAUGCAGCUGGUGGAGAUGAAGGAGCAAGGCCGGCAUGAGAGCAUGAGCCGCAAGAGCUUCAAGGACCUCUACCGCGACCUGCGCACCGCAGUGGACAUGUGCCACCGCGACGGCUCCCUCAAGCGGGCGGUGGCGGCACACCCGCAGCACUUCAUACACCGGGACGAGCUGCUGCUGCAUGUUCUUGAGACCCACCGCGCCAGUGGUCGGGCUGUGUUCCUGGCCACCAACUCGCUGUUCGACUUCACCAACGUGGUCAUGAACUACCUGCUGCUGGGGAAGACGGGCUCCCAGAAGAGCACCGAGUGGCUGCGCUACUUCGACGUGGUGAUGGUGGGGUGCGCCAAGCCCUCCUUCUUCCAGCACCGGGCGCCGCUGUUCAAUGUGGACGUGACGACGGGCAUGUUGAAGAACACGGACAACGGAGCGCCCAUUAUUCCCAUCGACGAACAAGACAUGUCGGAUGUCAGCAACGCCAGCACCUCCUCCCCUCGCCGCGGCUCCUCCUCUGUCUCCUCCUCCUCCUCCCUCGCCUCCUCCUCCUCCCCCUCCCCCGGCCUGCCCCCGGGUGGCAAUGUGUUCCAGGGAGGCAGCUACGUGGACCUGCACCAGAUGCUGGGGGUGACGGAGGGCAGCCAGGUGCUGUACGUGGGCGAUCACAUCUACGGCGACAUCGUCAAGUCCAAGAAGGACAUCGGCUGGCGCACCAUGCUGGUGGUCCCCGAGCUGGAGCUGGAGCUGGAGAAGAGCGGGCGGAGCGCGAAGAUGCAGGAGGAGUUGCGGCAGUUGCGGCAGCUGAGGGACGAGUACGACGACCGCAUUCAGCGGCUGCGGUGGAGCACUCAGGGGCGGGGGGGCACGGUGACGGCGGAUGAGGAGGCCUACCGUGACGCGCUGCAGCUGCUGGAGGCGGCGGAGGCGGACCGGGCGCAGCUCAAGGCCCGCCACAGCGCGCUGCUGCGCCACCACCACCGCCAGUUCCACCCCAUCUGGGGGCAGCUCAUGAAGACGGGGCACCAGAACUCGCGGUUCGCACACCAGAUCGAGCGCUACGCCUGCCUGUACACGAGCCACGUCACCAACCUUGCGUUCGUGUCGCCCGAGAAGAGCUUCAUGGGGCGCAUGGACAUGAUGGCGCAUGAGGGGGC